UAUGCAACAAACAUGAGUUUGUUUUAGUUAAUGUGGAACGGUUUUGUUGUUGCAAGUACCAAUAAUUUUAUGCAGACUUGGGUAUGAGACUGAGUGUCAUUAUGUUAGUCGUCUCAAAACAAUUUAUUAAUAUUUAUAGUGACAUGGCGUUUUAAUUAAACUUUCUUCAUCUUAGUAAGUUAAAUAACUGUUUUAAUUAAACCUAUUCCUUACAAGAGCCACAAAGCUCAGUGCAAAUCAGUCUACUAUGGAUCAUGUGACAUUCAAACACAAGAGGACAACUCUAGAAAGGGCAGAAAAGUUUAUAUCUAAUUUGUACUUCACUGAUGUCAACUUGCGGGGGAGGUAAGAGAAAUGAAUUUUUUUUUCGUUCAUACUGUGUUAUAUUAAAAUAAAACAACAAUGAGAGUGUUAUUAUUAAUUAUUAAAAAAUUGAUACCUAAAAAAAUAUCACCUAUAUAAGUGAUAUAAAAAUGGUGAUGGGUUUUUUGGGGUGAACACUGCAAUAACACAGGUAUUAGAUAAUAUGUUUUGGAUUUGGAAGUUGUAAUGACACUGCUUUGAUGUUACUCUGUAAAAUUUGUAAAAUACACAUUGAAACCUGUUGGGUAAUUAGAGUGACUUUCCAAUUAUUUGAAGAAAAAUGUAUUUAAAAUUUCUCAAUCAAACUACACAUUUUAAGGGAGUAAUAUUUUUUAUCAAUAAUUGUCAUUAUUUAUCUUGAACUAUUUAAUUCUUUGAGUUGUCGGUAGAUUAAACUUAUUCUGUGACAUUGAUACUUUUGUUUUCAGGCUGUACAGAGAGAAAGCCCCCCUAACAUCCAUCAAGCAUUAUGCCGCACCUGACAGAAUCACUUACCAGAAAGCCUUGGAAGGACAUUAUGAACCUGCAAGUAUUGGACAAUCAUUUGGUCCAGUGUAAGGCAGUUGAUCACUUUUGUUUUAAACUUUCAAAUCUGCUGAAAUAUUUCUAUACUCACUAAUUUGUUUCUAUCAAAGAUGGAGCAUUCACUAAUGGCUUGUGAUUCUAUCCCAGCUGGAGCAGAUGCAAAAAUUAGUCUAUCUGAGAUGGAGCAUUGUCCAAUGUGAUUUUUUUUUUUAGAUGAAGUUUUCUUUGAUAUGAUUAUUUUUUAAAAGAAGCAAUAACUUAUGUGGUUGUUUCUUUUACCACUAUUUUACCACUUUCCUUGUUACAUCUCUCACUGGUUUAAUUCUAUCCCAGGUGGAGCACUCACUGGUUUGAGCUUGUCAUCAACAUCCCAGUAGCUUGGAAAGGUCAGGAGGUACACCUGCUGUGGAACUCUGGCACUGAAGCUUUAGUUUGGGUCAAUGGAGAACCACAGCAGGUAGAUUUGUCUUUUAUUUCUCAUAGUGGUAGUAUCUGGAAGAUUAUGAAUCAUAGUGUGAAAAUUUUAUAUUCAUCUCAUUUUGUAAUAUUUGAUAUGGUUUAAUUUGAAAUUCAGUUUAAGUUAAAAAUAUUAAAGUUCAUGCGGUUUGUAAUGUGAUUUAUCCUUUGUUUAGAAGCUGAAUGUUUUUUUGUUUUUUUUUAAUUUAUGAAAUCAUUUCAUACAAAUUUGAUCAUAAUAUAAUAAAUAUAAUAUUGUUUUAUUUGUACUGUUUGAUAUUGAAAUUCAUUUUAAGUUAAAUAUAUUAGAGUUCACGCAGUUUAGAAAUGUAAUUUAUUUUUUGUUUAGAAGCUUUUUUACUUUUUUUUUUAAUUUGUGAAACCCAUUUUACAAAUUUUAUGAUAAUAUUGUUUCAUUUAUUGACUUUCUCCACUUUGUAGUGCAGCUUUUAGUGUUCUACUUCAUUCUACUUAAGCUUGACAUAAGUCAGCCAUUAAAUUUUUAAUUUUUAUAACAUUCCCCCUUCCACACCCUCAUCUCAGGGCCUGAGUGCAGACAAUGACAGAAUCAGUUACAUCUUGUCCCCAAAGCUGAGUUCCUCUAACUUACAGUAAGUUUGAUUACCAAUGCUUUACAUUAGCAUGGAAUAUAUUUAUUUUUGUUAACAUCAGAUUGUCCUCGGACCUCCUUUUCAGCAAAAUAUCUGGAGAGUUCCCAUUCUAAAACUAAAAUGUUGAGGUUCUUUGUGUUUGGACAUUUAUUCGUUCCCACAUUUGUGUGUGUGUGUCUGUUUGUGUGUGUGAGAGAGAAUCCCUGCGAUUGACUUUGCAAAGCUUGAGUUGAAGUAACAUAACAAUAAACUUAAGUCAUUUCCACUUGGCAUUAUUUAAUUCAUGAAAGAGAUGACUAGUUCCAUUUGGCUAAUUUAUUUUUUGUAUCUUGCAGUACCCUAACAUUUUUACAAACACCACAUUGUUCCUUCAACAGCUGUUGAAAUUAAGUGUAAAAUUAUAACACAGAAAGUUGAGAAGCUGUCUGGUUGUUUGUUUCUUUUUAAAUUUUAUAAGCAGCAAUAACUUUAUAAGAGAAAUCAUUUGUGUCCCUACAACCCUGCAGGCAUACCAUUUACAUAGAGAUGGCCUGCAACCACUUGUUCGGCAUUGGCAAUGUGGCCAUCGUGACACCUGAGGAUGACCAGAAGAGGUUCACCCUGAACCAGGCUGAGGUGGCUGUGUUCGACAGAGAUGUUUUCAAUCUGAUUUUGGAUGUCGAAACUCUCCAUGAUAUUGCCAAGGUAAUCACAAUUAAAGGAUGUUUGAUGAUUGUUGUGUUAAUCACCACACUAUGUUUGAUUAUUGUUGCCUUAUUAACACCAAUGUUGGAUUAUUGUUGUGUUAAUCACCACACUAUUUUGGAUUACAGUUUUCUUAUUCAUGUGAACCAUGAUUUUUAAAGGAAACAAUUUUUUUUACAACUGUUGACCAAUAAAACUACGAGAAAUAUUUCAUGGACAGUUUCUAGUGCAUAAAUUUUAAAUCUUAAUUGCAAAAUAAAAAUUGUAGAUCCGUUACCAGUUAACACAUCUGCUAUAGGCCCACAAGUCGUCUCUGGAACUUACUCUACUAUGUGAUCCAGAUUCACCUUGAGAUAAGUUUCUGCAUGCCCAUGGGACUGAAAACUGCUCAUCUAGACCAGUAGUCCUUAAAAGGUGGUCCAGCAAAACAUUACAAAUCGAAUCAUAUUUCAUAGUUGACAGGUCUCUUAAAAGUAUCUAAAACAUAUCAAAGUCAUAAUUACAGUUUACCAAAAGGUGUACCCUCUAAAGCAAUGAUAAGUAAACAACCCUUAAAAACAAAGUUUUUAGUAAAAAUCCUUUAUAAAAUGUAAUAUCAAACAAUGUGGCUGAACAUUCGACAAAGCAUUCAUACAAGUAACACACUUUAUAAGAAUACCAAUUAGUGCUCCAACCCCCCCCCCCCCAAGGCUCGCAAAUGCACAUUUUUUUCAUGCCCCUGAACUAAAUUAAUAUUCUAAUGACCCACCCACUUUUAAAGUUUUUAGUAAAAAUCCUUUAUAAAAUGUAAAAUCAAAAAAUGUGGCUGAACAUUCGAAAAAGCAUUCAUAAAAGUAACCCACUUUAUAAAAAUACCAAUUAGUGCCCCAACCCCCCCCCCCCCCCAAGGCUCGCAAAUGCACAUUUUUUUCAUGCCCCUGAACUAAAUUAAUAUUCUAAUGACCCACCCACUUUUACACAGCAGAUUUAUUUCACCAACUAUUUCGGAAAAACAAAUAAAAUAUCAUCAAACGCACUUGCGAUAUUUUUUUAAAAGAAUCUCAUUUAGCGCAGUUAUCUAGAAUUUUCCUUCAUGUUCCCCUUGGAAAACAGAGAAGCUAAUUUUGGAGGUUGAGCCUGAAAAAUCUGAUAGAAAGUGUUGUCAUCAGCAACAAGUCUAUGUGCCAAGUUUCAGCCCAAUAGGUUGAUGGGAAGUGGGUCAGUUGGCCGUCCGAAGAUUUUUCCAGCCGCCCAACAACAAAAGCCAAGUUAAUAUAAAGGAUUUUUAAAAAGGUGGUCCAUUUAAGACAAUGAUGAGCAGUGUACACAAAGAUGGCCCCUCUAAAACAAUAAGUACUUCACAAAUAGGUGGUCCUCUAAAACAAUAAGCACUUCACAAAUAGGUGGUCCUCUAAAACAAUAAGCACUUCACAAAUAGGUGGCCCUCUAAAACAAUAAGUACUUCACAAAUAGGUGCCCCUCUAAAACAAUAAGUACUUCACAAAUAGGUGGUCCUCUAAAACAAUAAGUACUUCACAAAUAGGUGGUCCUCUAAAACAAUAAGUACUUCACAAAUAGGUGCCCCUCUAAAACAAUAAGUACUUCACAAAUAGGUGCCCCUCUAAAACAAUAAGUACUUCACAAAUAGGUGGUCCUCUAAAACAACAAGUACUUCACAAAUAGGUGCCCCUCUAAAACAAUAAGUACUUCACAAAUAGGUGCCCCUCUAAAACAAUAAGUACUUCACAAAUAGGUGGUCCUCUAAAACAAUAAGUACUUUACAAAUAGGUGGUCCUCUAAAACAAUAAGUACUUCACAAAUAGGUGGUCCUCUAAAACAAUAAGUAGUGCUGAGAUUCAACUUUUAAAUCCUUUACCAAGUUUGAAUGUUUAAAAUUUAGAAUAAACACGUCAUAAAUGUUUGUUUCCUGGCAAACAGGUUUGUUAAAAUGUUAAAUCCAUUGCCCUUAGACAAGAGGUCAAUUAAGGUUUAGCUGUUUGAAAAACUGUAUCAUGAAAUGCUGAUCCGCUAGGAACUCCCUGAAGAUGACCAGCGGGGCUAUCAAGCUCUGUACGCUGUCAAUGACAUCAUGAAUCAACUGGAUGUGACUGACAAGAGCACCUUCAGGAGGUGAGAGAUUAUUUUGUUUCAGCAGACCAUGUCAACUUUUGCCCUAAGAUCUACUGGACAAGUAAUAGAUCAGAUAGAUAUCAAAUAGUUUUUGUAGAUAAACAGAAACCCAUUACUAAUCAUUUUAAAAUUUUGAUUCUCUAGACAAGUCAGUUGUUGCCUUAAUGUGGCCACAAUGUCAACUUUCUAUACACAGGGUCCAGGAAAUAGCUGAGCAUUUCUUCACUCAGAGGAAUGGACAGAGUCAACACACUCUCUAUGCCAUGGGCCAUGCCCAUAUAGACACAGGUAUGUGGAUAAGAUGUCAGUCUGAGGAAUGAUCUGAGUAAACACACUCUCUAUGCCAUGGGCCAUGCCCAUAUAGACACAGGUAUGUGGAUAAAAUGUCAGUCAGAGGAAUGAUCUGAGUCAACAUACCCUCUAUGCCAUGGGCAACACCCAUAUAGACACAGGUAUGUGGAUAAAGCGUCAGUAUUCUCUUAUGAAUGGUUUUCACCUAAAGGCAUGCUGGUAUACCAUUGUGAAAACUAUCAUUGCCAAAGUCACUGAGAGCAGGUGCUGUCUGAGAUCUGUGGGACCUUGAAUUUAGUUUUGGAGAUGUGUACACACACACAAAAUCCUAGACAUCAAAAUAAUACAAAUUAAACUUUGUCUGCAAUACAAGCUUGGGCUUAUUCUGACUAAUCUUUGCUAUUAAUAAAUGCUUUUAGUUUGUAGUGUUUUGAAAUAGUUUUUUUUCUAUUUAGCCAUAGGGCUACAUGCAACAAAACCAAACAAUUAUGCUAAAUUGCUCAUUUGGGACUGAUCCUUACCAAACAAUUAUGCUAAAUUGCUCAUUUGGGACUGAUCCAUACCAAACAAUUAUGCUAAAUUGCUCAUUUGGGACUGAUCCUUACCAAACAAUUAUGCUAAAUUGCUCAUUUGGGACUGAUCCUUACCAAACAAUUAUGCUAAAUUGCUCAUUUGGGACUGAUCCUUACCAAACAAUUAUGCUAAAUUGCUCAUUUGGGACUGAUCCUUACCAAACAAUUAUGCUAAAUUGCUCAUUUGGGACUGAUCCUUACCAAACAAUUAUGCUAAAUUGCUCAUUUGGGACUGAUCCUUACCAAACAAUUAUGCUAAAUUGCUCAUUUAGGACUGAUCCAUACCAAACAAUUAUGCUAAAUUGCUCCUCAAAUUUUAUUUUACUUAACUGUCCUCCUCAAGCUUUUCAAGUUUAAGAACCUUGGAUUCAUAUUCUUAAACAAAAUUUUGUCAAUCAAUCCGAUAAAAUUAAUAAUUUAAAAAAGGAUACAUAAUAGCCAAUGAGAAAAAAAAUUGUCUGUCUCUUAUGAAAGUAUUUGAUGAAAAGCUAUUUUAAAUAAUUCUGUAAUUUUGAGUGAAGGGAACUUGUGCUGUGUAUUUAAUGGGUUAUCUAAACCAGGUAUGGCUCAACAAGACAACUGCCUUCUUUUAUUAAAUUUUGAAAGACUUCUUCAUGUGAUAACCAAGCACCUGUUUUCCUUUUCCUGUACCCAUGCUUGUCCCCCCCUUUCUUUCAUCAGCCUGGCUGUGGCCUUAUGCUGAAACGAUACGAAAGUGUGCAAGGUCAUGGUCAUGUACAUUGCGACUCAUGGAAAAAUACCCAGACUUCAUAUUCACAUGCUCUCAGGUGAGUUAUUCCAAAACACCAAAUGUAGGUUAUCCUCUGUCAUUUCAACAGGGCCCCUUCAAAGUGUAGGUCAUCCAUUGUCAUUUCAAGAGUGCCACUUCAAAGAUUAGGUUAUCCACUGUCAUUUCAAGAGUGCCACUUCAAAAUUUAGGUCAUCCACUGUCAUUUCAAGAGUACCACCUCAAAACCCUGUAAAUCGAACCUGGCACCAUUUUAUAAUGACCUUACCUGAUCCAGUUGUGACUCAUUCAGCCCCCCAGACAUACAAGUCAACCUGGAAAUCACUCAUAUCCCUGUAUUAUCUUACAGCUAAAUCAUCAUGAGAUCAAUGUUGAAUCUAUUCCCCUCAUUACACCUCCCAUCCCCAACAUUCCGUCCUGCCACCCUGCCCACCCCACACACACACCCUCACAUCACCCAAUAUCCUCAAUGAUAAAUACAUGUCUUGCUUAUAAACCACAAAGUUGCGAUUAUUUCCCCCCUUCCCCAGGCCCUCACCCCCCCCCCCCCCCCCCCCCCCGGGCGUCUCAAGAGAAAAAUUUCCCUCCUGUUUUGUCUUUGCUUUAAAAUCUGCUUUUCCCCUUACUGCACUGUGUCUCAACCUAACGCUCAAACAUCAGCUGCCGGGAGGUCGACAGAAACUAAUUACCUACUGGGAAUUAUUCUUGAAACACUUCUUUUCUGUCCUUUUUUUUUUUUCUUUUUUCUUUUUUACAUGAUAUUUGAUCUGUGUUAGGCCAAGUUUGUUUUUUUAUGUUGAACAUUGAUACUUUUGCUUUUACCUUUCAAGUUGUAUUGUGUGUAAGAAAAGUCUUACUAAAUAUAGAAUUCAGUUGUUGUUUUUUUUUUUCAAGUGUGGAAUGUAUAAUGAGUUAUUUUAUUGCAGGCGCAGCAAUAUGUUUGGGUGAAGGAGCAUUAUCCCAGUAUCUGGAAGGACAUAUGCAAGUUUGUACAGAAGGGUCAGUUUGUACCUGUGGGUGGUACCUGGGUAGAAAUGGUAAGUUUUUACCUGGGUAGAAAUGGUGAUUUUGUACCUCCGUAGAAAGCAAGUGCCUAGUCAGAAUUCAUGAGUAUAUUCCAGGGCAAAAAUGGUUUGUUUCAGGGUAGAAAUUGUAAACUAGCCUUUUUCAUCUGGGUUGGAAUGUGUUGGUGUAUUGGGGAAACUGUUUAUCUUGAAAGAAAUGUAUCUGUUGGACAAGCUUGUUUGCUGAGUGAUGUCAGUCGGUGAGAUGAUGCUGAAUAUGGCUGCUGAAUGAAAGUGAGAGUUGUAGAUUAGGCCUGCCUGUUUGCAUUGGGAUAAAGUUUUUCUAAUUAUCUCUGUGGAUUUAAUGUUUGCCACAGUGCAUCAUGUUUUAUUAAAAUUCUCUGUUUGCAUUUUUCACUAAGAAUCAUGACAUUUUCCAGAAGUGAAUCUUUUCCCUUUAUGUCAUAAUAAAUGAUACUUACUUUCUAACUAGAUCCCACUUAUUUAGUCCCACUGCAAUAAUCCAUUUGCACUGAAGCAAUCCACAGUCCACCUUUUGACCCAGUGAUGUAUUGUGUGGUGUCAAAUAUUCUCGUUGUUGAAUAUUUGGGCAUUGUCUAGGGUGUAGAUGAUUCUCAACAAAGGACUAUAGUUAAUGAAUCAACACGAAGCUUUUGGUACAUCAGACAUUUAUUUAUUUCAUAUUACCACAUCAAAACAGGUUCAUAUUACAGUGGUUUCAUGCAUCCAUCUUGUUUAGGACAAUCUUCCCCUCCGCUACACAUAUCCCAGCGAAUCCACUUUCUCAAAACACGUCUCGCUGUCGCAAGUCCUAUCUCACUCUCUAACUCCAAGAUCCAAGUUCACUGGAUCUCCGUUAACCUAAGACUGCGACUCUCCGUGUCAAAAGUUGCUCCCCCUUUUAUACCCCCAACAUUUCAUUAACUCGUGACUCAAAUUAUCAUUUGCCGUGACGUGCAAACAGUUGACCUUCGCUCACAAACCCCACAAUUCAAAACACACCCACACCCACUACAGCUGACUUCAUGACCUUGACAGGUGUCUUUAAAGUCAUGAUCUAUUAUAUCAAUAUUUAAUGAGUCGCUGACGGUCUGCUUGAACUCCACAGGACGGCAACAUUCCCAGUGGGGAGGCCUGUAUAAGACAGUUCCUCUAUGGACAACAGUUCUUCAAGGAGGAAUUUGGGGUGCACUGUAAAGAGGUGACAUCUUGAAUUCUCUAUGAAUAUAAUACAUUUAUAAAAUCUUUGCCUUCUUAGUUUUCUGCCACUUAUUGAAUAGCCUUAAAUUCUGAUGGAUGAAAAAAAGAGAAUCCUGCUUCAUUGGAAAAUUGUCAAUAACUACGAAACAAAUUGUCUAACUGCCUUAAUUAGGAUAUCAUUGAAAAUAAAAGAGUUUCAAAAUUUUAAAAAACAUUUAACACAUAAUAUGACAUAUAAUUUAGUGUACAGUCACUGUGCACUUGAAAAGGGGGGGGGGGCGUAUUAUUAUAUCUAGUGUUACUAUACCUAACACGAAGACAGCUAACCCAUCUGCACAGUUUCCUGUCUAGAUUCUUAAUGGAAGGUUACAAAAACAAAACAACAUGGCUUCUGAUAUCAUGAGUACAAUAAACACUGGUUUCAUGCAAUGAUAACAAAAAGGACGUAACAUUGACAAUACAAUACAAUGAUAAUGUAACACUUAUAAGAGCAAUAAAAAUAAAGAUAGCUGCAAACAGAAAACGAUAAAGACUAAAAUACUAGGUGAAGACUAAUGUAAGAAUUCGUACAUAUUAAAAUUUUAAUCUAGUACUUUUUAAUGAAGGUGAAAGUUGAUAACACUGAAUUUAUAUCAGCUCACCUCCCACAUGUGUUGUCGCUAAUGAAGAGUUUAAUUUCCUCCAGUUCUGGCUUCCAGACACCUUCGGCUACUCUGCCCAAUUCCCUCAGAUCAUGAGACAUUGUGGCGUGACACGUUUCCUCACUCAGAAACUGAGCUGGAGUUUGGUCAACAAAUUCCCUGUGAGUUUAAAUAGAUUUUGACUUUAAAAACCACUUAUUGAUACUUUAACACUGACUGUAAAUUACAGCUAUUGCAGUGAGAUGAAAUAAGAUCUGUAGGCAGCACCAGUUAGAUCAAAUAAAGAUGAGAAAUUAAGGAAAAUGUAAUGUUCAUAGUAAAACACACAUUAUUAAACAUGUUGUUGUCGUAGGAGUAUCGUUUUGAAAAAGAAUUAAUUAAGAAAUAGAGAUGUUAGAAUGUGAUUUUUACUUGUAAGACUCAUGAAUCAGUUUGACUUAUAUGACGACAAAAAAAAAUUCAUUGAAGCAUCACUAGGUGACCUCUAGAUUUUAAAAUGGACUUUAAAACAUCAUACUAAAGUAUUUAAAAUCACUGCCUGACAGUUAAAAUAUCAUAAUCAAGUAUUAGAAUCACUGCCUGACAGUUAAAACAUCAUACUAAAGUAUUUAAAAUCACUGCCUCACAGUUAAAGUAUCAUACUAAAGUAUUUAAAAUCACUGCCUGACAGUUAAAACAUCAUACUAAAGUAUUUAAAAUCACUGCCUGAGAGUUAAAAUAUCAUACUAAAGUAUUAGAACCACUGCCUGAUAGUUAAAACAUCAUAUUAAAGUAUUAGAACCACUGCCUGACAGUUAAAACAUCAUACUAAAGUAUUAGAACCUCUGCCUUAUAGUUAAAACAUCAUAAAGUAUUAGAACCACUGCAUUUCAGUUAAAACAUCAUACUAAAGUUUUAGAACCUCUGCCUGACAGUUUUGCUAUUGUAGUUUGAUUGUUUUCUAGCACCACACGUUUCAUUGGGAAGGCAUUGAUGGCUCCACCAUACUGGCCCACUUUCCACCAGGUGACAGCUAUCACAUGACUGGGAGGGUCAAUGAGGUACCUGCUCUUAUGUGGCUAGUCGUCCUUCACCUUCUGCUGGUGCUUUUUUUUUAAACCCUUGCUGACCCCUGCUUCUGAAUCCCUGUCAAUACUUCAUUCUUUCCUCAGCACCACACAUUCCACUGGGAGGGUAUAGAUGGGAGCACCAUCUUGGCCCAUUUUCCUCCUGGUGACAGUUACAAUAUGGUAGGAAAAGUUGAAGAGGUAUGAGAACUUAAUCUUGUGGAGAUUUUUUUGUCUCAAUGAUUAGCAAAUCAUUAUCUGAUUUCUGGUGAUCCGAUGUAGUUUUUAAUAUGUUAAUUGAAUAACAAAAAUCCACAAAAUAUUUGCAUUCUUCUGAGAUUAAAAAAAAGGGGGGGGGGGGGGGGGAUAAAUGUCAUUUCCAAAAGGGGAUAAACCGUUCACAUUUAUUAUCCCAGUAUUUGCCAUUGACAAUCAAAACUCAUGUCCCUUUAGCUUUGCAUCUGUGUGUUCUUCUAUCAAUAUCAACCAACAGGUUUGGGUAACUGGAGACAGCAUUAUAGUCUGAUACCAGUAUAAUGAUAUUACAAUAUAACAAUUUGGUGCUGUGCUGGGUUUAAGGCCUGGUCCCAACUUCUGGUAGUUGGACAGGGAAAAAAGAUCUGCUUUGUCAGUUCUAAAAUAUAUAUGAGCCUGCUACAACUUUGCUUAAUCAUCUUGUAAAUAUCAUUCCAUUGUAACCUUGCUGUGAGAAAUGGUUGAAUAAUUGAUUUUUGGGAACGCAUAAUAAUCAAUAUAAGCCUCUAAUAUAAGCAUCCAUAUUUUUAUGGAGGCUCUGCUCUCAGGUCUGAGAAUUUAAAUGAGGGAUUUAUUGGGAAAAUGAUAUAAAAUGUGUUUCACAUGGGUUUUUUUUUGGGGGGGGGGGGGGGGGGUGUUUUUUUUUGUGUGUUUUUUUUUUUUUUUUUAAACGUGCAACUCUGUUUUGAAAUACCAAAGCCAAAAAUAAAUGUUAUGGCAGAUAAAUGUCUAGGUUUUUUUUUUUUUUUGGUUUCAGCCAUUAGUUUUAAUGUUGUCUUAGAUUCAUAUCAGCAUAAUUUAUUUAUCCCAUAUUUCUUCCAACCAACUACUCAACACACAGAUGGGAUGUGUUAAAAAGAAAACACAUUGAAGCCCUGUGUUAAACUGUUUAAAAACUAUGCUAAAAAAAGUUUUAUUCCUAUUCACAAAAGAUGUUGAAAACAACAAGAAACUUCAGGGAUAAAGGACGCUCCAAUCGAUCGGCAUUCCUUUAUGGCUAUGGAGAUGGAGGACACGGUCCAAGGUAUGUUUUAGAUUUUAUUAAUUUAUUUCUCUGUCAGGAAAAUGAGGGAUCGUUUUUUUUUGUCCACGGAACACAACCUCUGUGAAAAUGGAGGGAUUAUUCUUUGUCUUUUUGUCCAUGUAAUAGAACCUCUUGUGAAAAUGGAGAGGUCGUUAUUUGUCCUUUUGUCCUGGUAACAGAGCCUCUUGUAUAAAAUUUGUUAUUUUCUUUCAUUCUCCUUUGUAGUGAAGAAAUGCUGCAAAGACUCACAAGACUGAAAGACUGUGAUGGGAUACCAAAGUAAUUUUAAUUUCUUUUCUAUGAAUUCUUUACCUUAAUUUGUUGAAUUGAGUUAAUUUAGUAGCUUCUCUUAUAUUCUUUAGUAGCUUCUCUUGUAUUCUUUAGUAGCUUCUCUUGUAUUCUUUAGUAGUGUCUCUUGUAUUCUUUAGUUUUCAAGUACUAUAUAAACAACAUGUGUACAUUUGAAAUUAACAAUUUGACAACAAUUUUAUAAAAAUCAGUUCACAUUUGAAACAGUUUUAUAAAACUGAGUUUCAUUUGAAUAUUUCUUCUCAGGGUUAAGUUCACCAGCUCUGAUGAGUUCUUCUCAUCCAUUGAACAGGAGAAUACAAAACUGUUGUGUAAAUGGAGGGGAGAACUUUACCUGGAGAUGCACAAUGGAACAUACACCACAUGGGCUAAGGUGAGUGUAAAAUAUUAUCUGUGCUCAUUCAUCAUACUCUUACAUUGGCCCAUUGUUGCAUCCGCUCUGUGUUAUUUUGUCCACCUUCUAUCAGGUGAAGAAGUACAAUCUCCAGUGUGAGAGCCCAGUGUUGAAUCCUCUCUGUGUUAUAUUGUCCGUCCUCUAUCAGGUGAAGAAAUACAAUCGCCAGUGUGAGAUCUGGCUGCAAGAGUUGGAGACACUUAGCACCAUGGCUCACCUGAAAGAUCCUGGUUUCGAGUACCCCAAGGCCGAACUGGACAGGUUAUGGAAGCUGUUGCUGUUGAACCAGUUUCAUGACGUCCUUCCUGGGAGCUCCAUCAAUUUGGUAUGUUUGGUAGCAUAAAAUAAAGAUAAUUUAAGAAUGCUCCAAUGGACAACAUCUGUUCAGAUAAACAAAAUAAGAUUUCAUACAAAUGGUAUACUAGGUUAUCAAUCACUAUCUCACUUAUGCUACAUCUAGAUCACUGAAAUUGAUUGAGAUAUUUUGACAGACCUUAGAAAUCUCUGUUAAUAACUGUUGAGUAAUUCUAAUUACUGUAGUAAACUCAAUUUUUCCAGAACAUCCAAUUUUAGACAAUUAUUCAUGGUCCACUUUAAAAAAAAACAACAAGUUUUUCAUAAAAGACAUAUCAGCAAUAUUGCCCUUCAAUGGGAAUAAACAGACAAAAGGGAGAAGAAAAAAAAAUGUUUGCUUGUAAAGGGGAGAAAGGGGCUUGUAAUGGAUGUAAAAUUGAAGAAUUUGUAAAAAUGACACAUAAAUUGGAUUACUUGGCAUGUGUGCUCAUAAUAUUAUUAAUGUAGGGGGUAAUUUUAAAUAUUCAAUGCAUGAAAAAAAAAAAUCCUAAAUUCUCUUUUAGUUAUGUCAAAUUUCUUUCAGGUUUUUCAAGAUGCAAUCAAGUAUUAUGAAGGUUUGUCAUGUUUUUUUUGUUGUGUUUUUUUUUCAAAAGAAUUUCAUUAAGAAAUCAGGGGUUUUUUUGGCGUUUUUUUUUAACAAAAUUUAUUCCAGCGGAUAAUUUAAAAUAAACAUUUUGCUGUUUUCAAAGUAGGCAAUGAGCUACGGUGUUCUGCCAACUCUGAUAGCCAUAUGAUAAAACACAGCAAACUGUUUCUUUUUUAUUCAAGUUCCAAAAUCAUUUGUUGUCAAUAAAAUAUUUUACUGGCUGCAAAUUUAUCUGAUCUCUUGCCAAAGAUGAAAAAAAAUGACAAGGAACAAGUUUUGUUUGUAUUUUAAGAUGUUAACGAAUUAAAGGAAUGCCAUAUCUUGGAUUGUUUCAUAUUGUUCAGAAAUUGAGAAGACUUCAACAGAACUAAUCAACAAGGCUCUGAAGGCUUGCACCAAAACUCAGGUAAAUGUUACCACAUUAGAAAAGUACCAAAGCCAGGGGUCCAAAAGAACAAAGAGAAAUAUGUAUGUUAGACUUUAACUUAUUUUGACAUCCAUUUGUGUUUGUGAGGGAAACUGAAUAAGAAAACAUGCAUGAUUUUUUUUUUUCUUCUUAUAUUAAUAUUUUAAAAUCUGUUUAUAUUAUAAGCCAAAGGGAGACAACUAAGUUUGUGAGGAAAGAGUUUUAUAUUAUUUUUUAACAAAUACUUUCAUUGGAUCAAGCAUUUAAACCUAAAAAAUAAUUGAAUAGUUCUAAAAAAUAGUUGGAAUUCAUUGAUUAAACAUGGAGUCAUCUUCAAAAGAGGCGAAUGUUUUGCUCAGAUCAAAUUUUUGGGGGAAAUAUUUUUUAAAGAUGUUAACUAAAUUAUUUUGACCAGCCUAAUUUUUAAAAUUCCUAAAUGAAUUAUGUGAAAUGUAAGUAUAAUUAUUUAGUUUUGAAACAGAAAGUCUGAUAUUUGAUCAUUAGAAAUGCAUUUUAUUAAAAAAAAUGUUUUUAAUAUUUUAGUUUUGGGUUAUUAACAUCGACCCUGAACAUAGACAAUAACUUUCCAUCUGUAAACAUCAUGUACAUUGUAUUGUAUUUGACAGGGGGAGACUGACUCAGCCAAUGACGUGGAACUAUAUGUGGUCAACACACAGGGCUUCACGAGACAAGAAGUGAUAGAGCUGCCCCCUACAAUAACUGCCUCUCCAGCAUCCAAGAAAAGGAAGUUGUCAGAGAAUAGCAUAGGAGUUGAUGGGGAUGGUCCUAAUAUAGGUAGGCAUUCCUUCGCAAAUGGUCAAGCAAAUGGUCAAAUAAAAUUUCUUCGUUUCCAGUAGUGAAGUCAAUUAUUGAUUUUGCAAACCAUAGCAGUGGAGUAAUAAAAUAUUUAACGUAUUGAAAACAUGAUUCAUGAAGAUGUUAAAACAUUAUUGAAACAAUGCCCUCUCUUAAAAUUAAAACGUGAUGCAUAACAUUCACUGAAUUAACACUUAACAGUUUCAACCCCAGGUUAACUGUGUUUCCUUGUUACACUAUGAAGUGCUACAAUUAUUUUUAACCAGCAUAAAUGACGAAAAGUGGUUAAUUUUUUUAAAAACAUAGGAUUGCUUUUGUCAAAAACAAAUAAAUAAAAGAAAAAUUUACAAUGACUGAUUUUUAAAUUCUUUUUUAUCGUCUUAACUGCUUUUCAUUUAAAUUUUUCCUCAUAAAAAAUUCAUUAAUGAUUCUAUAGCAAUAAAAAGGUGUGAAUAUUAAAACUUAAUUUAAACAAAAUUUCAAAAGAGUUAGUGUAAAACUUCAGUUUUGACAGACUCUCUUUAAAUGGUAUGUGUAUUUAAUAUUGUAGCUGAAGUCAGCAUCCCUCCCCUCAGCAUGAGACCUUUGAGAGACUGCCUGGUUAAGAUAGAAACCAACAGUGAGGUCAUCUUGACAAGGGAGGUAAGUCAACUGUCACACUACAUAUUAAAUUAGAAAGAAAAAAAAGGGGGGGGGGGUGGCGGCACACAUGAAAGACACACGUGAAGUUGGAUGUUCUUUGACAUUUUUGGUAGAAUGCAAAAAAUGCUGUUACACACUAAAUAACAGAUUCAAAAUGAGAUUUGGAUGUGAAAAAAAUUGAACAUUCUAUGUUAUCCCAUAUUUUAAAGGGACAUGUCUAAAUAUUCAAGAUUAACAAGAUGGAAAGUAACAAAUAGAUUUUUUUUUAAAAAUAAGAACAUGUAAUCUGCUUUUUAUUAUCCAAGCAUAUGAGCAUAUUAAUUUUAUCUUUGUUAAUUAACUUUUUAAGAGAAAUUUGUUAAUAAAUGAAAAUACUAAGGUUGUGACUGCUUCAGACAAUUAUUGAAUAAUUAAAUAUACAUUUCCCAGGAUGACCACUAUGUGAUGACCAAUGGAAUCAUCAAGGCCGUCAUAGAUUCUAUUGGCAGAGUUACAUCUCUGACCUGCUUUGAUAAGCUCACAAAGAGGUAAGUGAUGUUUUAUAUUGCAAUCUGUCAUCGGUGGUUCUGAAUCCAAUGCCUGGUGUAUGUCAUCUGGCUUUACUUGUUCUGUCAUUGUUUCAGGUGGUCCAAGGAAGCCAUCGACCAGCAGCAUCCUGCCAAUCAGUUCUUGCUGUAUGACGACAUUCCUCUCUACUGGGAUGCCUGGGAUGUCAUGGACUACCAUUUGGAAACUAGGUCAGAAAUUAAAGUCAUGUGUGUUACCAUGUAUUGUAGUGUUUGUCUUCAAAACUCAAACAUUUUUACUUGUUUCUCAAAUGGUAAACUAUUUCUCAUGCAUUUUGGAGUCUAUUAUAUUUUAAAAACUGUCCCAACUUUUUAGUAAAUUGAAGUUCUAUCAAUUAUUAAAUGGAUGGUUAAGAAACUCUGCAAUGCUUAUUUAUUACUAUUAAAAAAAAAAAAUAAUUCAUAAAUAAUCAUUUUAAUCAUUAUAUCAGUCGCAACAUCAUCUGUGUCCUCAUUUACUGCUUUACUGUCAUAUUUCAGAAAACCAGUUGUCACACCCAUUCAAAGGAUUGUGACAGGUCAUCAUUCCAGUAGAUCCAGAGUAUCUUUAGAGGUUGCAGCUCAUCCUAUUAGCAUAAGUUUUAGUUCAUUUAAUUAUUCAGUCUCCCACAUACAUAAAGAAAACAUAUUUCUCUUAAUGUAACCCUAUUAUUUCUGACUACUGGAAUUUCAGGUUGUAGUUUUGAUUUGGGUUUUUUUUAAAACAAUUUUAAUUCAGUUAGGGGAAAAUUUUUUGUUUGUUAUGGACAAUGACUUAGUAGAUAUAAUUAUAAAUUUACUUUUAUUAACACACAUGUUGUGCUAGUCCACAAGACAUAAGAAGGGCAAUAACCCCCUUGGAUUCACACACUACAACCAUCUGUAUCUGUGACUUUUCACUCAUUCAGGUAAGCUUGAAAAUAAGCGAUAAGAGUUACCUCAAACAAGAAAUUGUUCUUGAUGCUGGCAGUUCUUACAUCACCUUCAAUACCGAGGUAUAUAUUUUUAAUCAUGUGUUGGUUUUUUACUUAAUCUUCAGUACUGAAAACAUUGUAUAUAUCUUGAUAAUUUUUGCAUUACAUUCAGUAUGAGACAACUAUUCUUAAAUUUUUAGUUAGUUUCUACAUUGAAUUCCAAUUUUCUUGGUUCUUACAUUUUUUUCUAUUUAUUUUUUAUUUAUAAACAAAACAUCACCUUCCAAACAGUUACCAUUUUCUAAUGAGCAAUGACCUGUUUGGUGUUUUCUCUUAGGUCACCUGGUUUGAAAACCGCAAAUUCUUGAAAGUGGAGUUUCCCACAACUGUCCAUGCCAAUCAGGUAACCUAUGACAUCCAGAGUGGAUUUCUUCAGAGACCGAAUCAUUACAACACGUCCUGGGACUCAGCCAGAUAUGAGGUUGGCAUUAUUUCAUUUUAUUGGUGAUUGCCAGUUAAAAUCUGUACGUGACCCAAAAAACACUGUUCAAUAAGCCAUAUCAAUAAAUUGUUAUUUAAGUCAGUUAUGAAAAUACACUUUAAAAUGAAUGAUGGGUUCCAGCAACAGACCCAAUAUUACAUAAUAUAUUUUUUUUUCAAAUAUUUCAUUUUUUGCCAUCUUAUUUAUCUGUCUCAAUAAAUUGUGUUCAGGUCUGUGGCCACAAGUGGGUUGACAUAUCAGAGCAUGGGUUUGGCGUCAGUGUUUUAAACAACUGCAAGUAUGGACAUUCAGCUGUGGAAGGUGUUCUUAGACUCUCACUGUGAGUAAUUUAAGUUUGUAUAUUGGACUGGAUGAAAUUUGCACGGUUUCUCAUUCUUAAACUUGUUUUAGAAAAAAAACAAAAUUUAACACAUAAGUUAAGAAAAAAAGUUUUUGCCACUUCAAGACAACAAAUUAAUUGUAGUAUUGCAUUUCUAUCCAAUAUAAAUUAUUUUAACUUGGUCUAAUUAUUUGCAUCUGAAUUUUGGUAACAAAUUGCAGGUUACGCUCAUCUAAAACUCCAGACCCUAAAGCUGAUAUGGGUGAACAUACAUUCUCUUAUGCAUUAAUGCCACAUUGGGGUAAGUCUUUGGUGAUUACCAUUUAGGUUGAGUGGAGCACACCUGUCAAGAUGUCUAAAAAUGACUUGUCAACUAGCACAUCAACAAGUUUGCAAUGAUAUGUAGGCAAUGCUGCCAUGCUAAGAAAAAUGUGAUUAUUUAAGCCUUUGUGUGUAUGAAGAUAGAUAUAGAUAGAUAGAUAGAUAGAUAGAUAGAUAGAUAGAUAGAUAGAUAGAUAGAUAGAUAGAUAGAUAGAUAGAUAGAUAGAUAGAUAGAUAGAUAGAUAUAGAUAUAUAUAUAUAUAUAUAUAUAUAUAUAUAUAUAUAUAUAUGUAUAUAUAGAGAGAGAGAUAUAUAAAAUAGAGAUAUAUAUAUAUAUAAUAUAAAAUAGAUAUAUAUAUAUAAAAAAGAGUAUAUAUAUGUGUCUGAUAUAUGUGAAUUCUCUCUAUAGAUAAAUAUAUAUAUAGAUAGAUAUAUAUAUAUAUAUAUAUAUAUAUAUAUAUAUAUAUAUAUAUGUAUGUAUAUAAAGAGAGAGAGAUAUAUAAUAUAGAGAUAUAUAUAUAUAAUAUAAAAUAGAUAUAUAUAUGUAAAAAAGAGGAUGUAUAUGUGUCUGCUAUAUGUGAAUUCCCUCUUGGAUGUACCGAGUCAUAAAAGUAUUUUAAUUUUGAAAUAUUUUAUUUGUCACCCUUGGUCCUGCAUUGAAGACAACUAUGUGAGAUAUUUUUAAGAAACUCAGGCUGCUCCCCUUGAGUUUGGUUUCGUUUUUUUAAAAAUAAUUAUAUCUGGUAGAAUAUCAAGAAACCUGAGGAUGGACCUCAACCACAAUACAAGAACUGCCUUUCGUCUCCUCCAUGUUUAAUUCCCAUAAUUUGACAUUUCCAGGCAGUUUUCAAGAAGCGGAUGUCAUUCAGGCUGCCCUUGUGUUUAACUCUCCCCUGAGAGUGGUCAAUGCACCAACAACCAAUCACAGUGGAGACUUGGUCAGCAAGGGUCUGUUUACACUUGAUACCAAACAAGUUGUUGUUCAAGCCAUCAAAAUGGUAAAGUUCUACAUGAUGAGCAUGAGCAGUUUGAUUACACAUCAAAGUCAUUUUAAAAACCGAAAAAAGGGGGGGGGGGGGGGGGGGAGAGGGGCGGCAUUGGAUCAGUUCUUAUAGCAGCACUCCACCCCUCAUUUUAUACAAUAAUAGGGUUUAUCAUUUCUCAGACCGGAAAACCUCAUAGCGCACUACGUAAUGUUACUACUUUUAGAACGUCCGACCAAUAUUUCUUAAAACAUGGCAGCUAAUAGUCUGUUUCAGCAUAUCGUUCUGACUGAAAACGACAUUCCUUCUGCAGUUUUGUCAAAGAUAGAUAUUUCUAUCCACUCAGUUUUGCAACUUAACAGGUGUUAAAAUGCACUGUCACUGGAGUGUGGAGAAAGGGCGAGAUGAUGAGAAGGGGUGCGGAAAAGGAAUGGGGCCGAGAAAGGAUGGGGUGAGGAGAAUGGGUAACAGUGGGGAAAGGUUCAUGGGUGCAGAAUAAGGGGAGCGGGAGGGGGGGGAUGGGGAUGCAGGAGCACUGUUCAUAUAUGUACCCUGUUAGAUCAAAGUGUUAAAAAGUUUAAAAGAGAAUAUCUAGAAUAUCUAGUCACUGUUACAUGUGCCGUACGGGCAAUGAAGUCCCAAUUUCACAAAAUGUAUAUCCUUGAAUAUAGACAUAGCAGGACCAAAAAAUUGUAUAAAAUAUUUUUAUAAACAAGUUUGGAUUCAGGUUAAGAAGGGCCACUUUGCUAACAAAGUAGUAUCAAACAGUGUUGACAUUUUGAGUACCCAGAUGAAUACAGCAGACCUAUUAAUAGAUUUCCACCAUAAAAGGAGAAGCCCCAUUAAACUUCAAUCAACCAAUUAUAUUUUGAAACUUCAUUUUUUAAAUUUUUUUCCUUGACCUUUUUUACUCAAGGCUGAAGAUGGAAGUCAAACCAUUAUUCUCAGACUUCAUGAGGCUUUUGGUGGCACCACCAGUGCUAUCAUAACUAGUACACUGCCAAUUCAGGAUGUACAAGCAUGCAAUGGCCUGGAAGACUCUGUACAUUUGCAAGACACUGAUCGUGAAGUGGCUGUCAAGUUCACUCCCGACAACAGAGGUUGUCAGUUUACAUUAGAUCUUCUUCCAUUCCAGAUUAUCUCCCUUAGAUGUACUUUGUGAAACUUGCUAAGAUUGUGCUGGGUGGCCGAGCGGUCUAAACUGUCUCAAACCAAAUAUCAGUGGCGCCAGUAGUCCGGAGUUCAAUCCCCAUUAAAGCCAACAUCCCCAGCACCCCGGGUGGAUGGGACUCGUUAGCCUUGGACGGCAACCCAUCUAAGAGAAGGAAAACUCUGAAUUAAAGCCAGGAGCCAUAAUGAUCAACAAAAUGAUCGUGGGCCCCUCAAAUAUAAGAAGAAGAUUAAAUUAGGACAAUUCUUUUUACACUUUGCAGGGGAAAGAAUCUUAUUUUUCUUUUUUAAAUAGGCCAUUUAAUAUGGGGCAUUUUGAAUUGUUGCUGGGUAAACACCCUCUUAAUUUGCAUACUCAAUUUGUGUAAGACUUCGUUAUUUUGUUGUACUUAUUUUAGUCAUUGCUACUUAUUAUUGCUUUACUCAGCUUAUAUAUUGUAAAUAUAAGAAACAAUAUUCCUUACCUUAAGUUUAUUAUUAUUUGUUGCUUUACAGAUUUUUUAAUUCAAUUUUUUAUUUCAUCAAUGAAGAGCUAUUUUUAGCUUGGGUUUGCUAUUAGGUCCUUAUUGCCACACCCCCGCCCCCCCUUCCCUUUUCAAGUGCUUUGCCAUUGUUCGAAAAAGUUACGCUUUUUGCUGCCUUACAAUUAUAAAUAAUUAUAUGAUUAAACAGACAUUUUUUUAGGUUAUUAUCAUCAUUAUGACAGAUAAGUACUUGAUUUGUGUUUUAAUUCCGUACUAUGUCCAUUAGUUUCUGUAAACAAUUGUUACUGAUCAUGUUGCAAUAAUAAAGUAUUUUUUCCUCCUAAAU